AUGAAUAGGAUUUCGGCCAGCUACGCCGAGUACAAUGACGGCAUCGCCGGAGAGAGACCCUACGGCACGCUCAACUGUGAGAAUAGCAUCGAGUCGGAAGGGUAUGGCAGCGAGUAUGAAAAGAUUGCCGAAACGGAAAGAAUGUUUACGGCCAGACUUAGCAAUGAGAGUCUCAACGGAGGCUACGAUAGUUCGAAGAUCCUCGUGUAA